UCUUUGCUGCAAAGUUCCAACUUGAGCUGACGGCUGCGCCAUGACGUCAUUCCCGCUCUCUCUCACUCACACACAGAGACUAUUCUACAGACCUCCGCCCCUGUAGCUAUGCUGCCGAAACACGGGCAACACUUCGGCUUUUACCCCGAAAACCAUUAGAGACUUAGCGGACAUCGCAGCGGCACUUCCGCAGUCCAGGCUGUAGCCGUUAGCUAGCGUGUAUGGGAGUGAACUGGAGAAAAGCGAGGAGCUGAGGAGGAGUUUAUGGGAAAUAUGGGAAUGAAGCACCAGAGGAGAUAAAGUCAAGGUCUGAAUUGUCCAGCGGCACUCAGAUAGAGGAGCCAUGAGUGAAGGGGACGGACAUUUUUACAGCGUGCAGGUGGGGGACUCCACCUUCACAGUGCUGCGGCGGUACCAGCAGCUCCGCGCUAUCGGCUCCGGGGCGCAGGGCAUCGUCUGCUCUGCUCUGGACACCGUCUUGGGCAUCCCUGUAGCUGUAAAAAAGCUCAGCCGGCCUUUUCAGAACCAGACCCACGCCAAGCGAGCCUACAGAGAACUGGUGCUGCUCAAAUGCGUCAAUCACAAGAAUAUCAUUUGUUUACUCAACGUCUUCACACCUCAGAAGUCCUUGGAGGAGUUUCAGGAUUUGUAUCUGGUGAUGGAGCUGAUGGAUGCCAGCCUGUGUCAGGUGAUCCACAUGGACCUGGACCAUGAGAGGAUGUCCUACUUGCUUUACCAAAUCCUGUGUGGCAUCAGACACCUACAUUCUGCUGGUAUCAUCCACAGGGACCUGAAACCAAGUAAUAUAGUGGUGAAAUCAGACUGCACUUUAAAAAUCUUAGACUUUGGCCUGGCCAGGACCGCCUGCACCAACUUCAUGAUGACCCCAUAUGUGGUGACCAGAUACUACAGAGCGCCGGAGGUCAUUUUAGGCAUGAAGUAUAAGGAGAACGUGGAUAUUUGGUCAGUGGGCUGCAUCAUGGGGGAGAUGGUGAAAGGCAGUGUUAUAUUCCAAGGCACUGAUCACAUUGACCAGUGGAAUAAGGUUAUCGAGGUGCUGGGAACUCCUUCUCUAGAGUUCAUGAACCGUUUGAUGGAGACAGUGAGGAACUAUGUGAUGAACAAGCCACAUUUCCCUGGAGUCAGCUUCAGCGAGCUCUUCCCAGACUGGGCUUUCCCGUCAGAGACUGAGCACGACAAACUUAAGACCAGUCAAGCUCGGGACCUGUUGUCAAAGAUGCUGGUAAUCGAUCCAGAGUCUCGCAUCUCUGUCCAGGAAGCCCUGAAUCAUCCCUACAUCCAUGUGUGGUACGACCCAGCUGAGGCUGAUGCGCCCCCGCCUCAAAUCUCAGAUAAACAGUUGGAGGAGAGGGAACACAGCAUAGAACAAUGGAAAGAGCUGAUUUAUAAAGAGGUGAUGGACUGGGAAGAGAGGAACAAAAAUGGUGUCCUAAAGGAGGAGUGCUUUGUAGAUGGUUUGAACAGCAGUGCUACAGCCUCUCAGUCCUCGUCAAUUAAUGACAUCUCGUCUAUGUCCACUGAGCAGACGCUGGCCUCAGACACGGAUAGUUCCUGCAUCGACACCAUCGCUGGGGGAUUAGAGGAGUGACUGCUGUGAGCCUCCAUAGCUCUUUCUCUCUCUCUCUCUCUGUGUCUGUUUCUCUCUCUCUCUCUCUCUCUCUCUCUCUCUCUCUCUCUCUCUCUCCCUCUCUCCCUCCUUCUCUUCCUCCGCCACACAUUUUUCCAGAUGGCAGUGUGGGCCCUGACUUGUUCAAGACAGACAUGCUGUGACGCUCUGGGGCUCUUCUUGCACAGAAUCAUUUUUCACCUAGUUUCUUUGCAUUCAACUACGUUCCAUAGUCUAACCGUUUGAGAAGUAAGGCUAAGUACAUAUUUUAGAGCAGGAAGUAAAAUGGUUCCUGUAGCUGUGGCCUAUGAACUCAAUUUGGUCUGAUUUCUUUCAUGGAAAUGUGCCUAAAGAUUUUGGAGUUCCUUCAAAGGUUCCUGCAGUGGAAUUAUUCUUAUUAGUUAGGUGGCACAGAGUUGGAAAAGCAGAUUCUACAUUUACCUUUCAUGAUAAAAUGACCUGUUAGCUUAUUGUUUACAUGUAGGCAUGUGUAAACACCGUUUACAUUUGAUCCCUAUUUCAGUUUAACGAAACUAUAAUGAACUUUUGCUCGAAUUAUAACUAUGUUCAAGUUCAUGGUACUUUCCUUAAUCACUACCCUCCCCUCUCUUCCUACGUUUCUUUCUCUCUCCAUUCCACAUAGCUGAUAUUAUCUUUCAUAUUCUCACUCAAGAAGCACCGACACUCCUGGAACAAGCUAAUCAAUAGCCAGUUCUGUCUUCUGGAAAUGUUCAAGUUCUCAAUGCUCUGUGUUAAAGUAUUGCAUGCCACUCAUCUUUAGAAAGUAUAUGUUUACAGGCCCCCUGAUUAUGCCUGAAUACGCUUACGAAAUGGUAAUGCCUGCCUCUGUAUAUAGACAUGAUACAACCAUGUUUUCAAUCAGAGAACUUGAUAAUGCAUCUCACUCAUAUAGGGUGUAGCCAUGUAUAUACGUAUAUAGAUUAAGUGUACCUUUUUGUGUGUGUUGUGAAAGCCCGAUUUUACAGCUUCUCUAAAUAUGGUUUAGCAAAAGUACUGUAUGACAUACACUUUAUUUUGAAACAGUUGUCUAUUGUUGGGAAUUGGAUUUGUUGCAGAUGAAAGAAAAAGCUGCACAGAGUAAGCAGCGGUCAAUGUCAGGGUUCGUACAAGGUGCUUGAAGUGCUUGAAUUUGACUUUUUGAAAUGUAAGUACUGAAACUUUGAAAAUCUCCUUUUUUUUAAUCUAGUGGUGCUUAAAAAGUGCUUGAAUUCUAAAAAGUCAAUGAAUACAAAAUUGCUAAAUAACUUUAAAAUGUUUAUUUUUGAUGGAACACAAAUACAAUCCUUUCACUCUGUAUAUGACUCCCUGCUGCAGCCCCUCCCCCUCCUCUCCUCCCACUGUUCACUCACUCAUUUGAACAGAAACAGCAAACUUUCCAGGCUCCUUUAGUGGCUUUUUUUCUGCCAAAAAAAGCACCUAGUGACAAUUCUAGCGACAUUUUAGACAAAUCUUAGCUACUUCCCGUAGAAGAGAGUGGCCAGUACUGCCCCAUGCGUGAGCAAGAGGUCCUGUUCCCCCCUGCAGGUACACCUCUCUCUGCAGCUACUCUGUUCAGUGAGGGGCAGAGAGAGGAGCACAUUCGGUGUGAGAGAAAGAAUAAGAAAGACAUUGUGUCACAUUUUACAUUUUGCCUGUAAAUAUAGCCAAAAUCACAGCACACGUGUACGGUGAUUUUGUCAGACAACGUCGCGGUUACAAAUCAGGAUUUUAGCAGAGCAGCAGCUUGGAAGUGAUUGCUGGUUAACAUGUAGUCUCUUAAUGCGCUGUGUUUCAGUCACUAUUUCAUACUUGUUCCGUUGUCUGACAACAGAAAUACAAAAAUAUGUAAAUGAGAACAGCUUUAUUGGGAAUUCGGCUGUAUUAAAAUACAGAACGUGAGCACAGAGAGUAGGAGAGAACUAAACAGAUGUGAAGGCUGACACUAGGCAGAAUGCAAAUAUGCGAAGACCUAAUGAAUAUGCUAAUUAGCUCAUGACAUCAUCCAGCAACAUUUAGAGACUUUCCAUUGAAAGUUGUUGGAACAGUGCUCCUGUCACUCACCUGGAGUGUGUUGACGUUCUGGUGAAGACGAAGCAAUGCAAAUUUAGUCCAGCGUGGCUGGAAAAGGCACCAUAUAAAAAUUGGUUGUGUUUUAUUAUUACAAUAUAUGAGAAUAUGUUUGAAGGAAAUCUCUUGUAUAGUCCUUGAAAACAAAACAAAAAAUAGUCCUUGAAAGUCCUGGAAUUUCAUUCUGAAGCAUCUGUACGAACCCUGUCAUGUGUGUACGUGUUGAUGAGGAACGAUAAAACUGUGGAAGCAGCGCACAAAUUUUCCUUUCCGUAUCAUUCCAAAAAACAAUUCUGCAUAACCAGCGCCGUUCGUAAGUCAUUUGUGAGAAUUGUACACGAGCUCAAAAUAGAUGAUUGCAUUUUUAAAAAUUUUCAUAACCAUAAGGAUGUUUUGCAAAUCAAAUUUGUAUCUUUUUUUCUUUUUUUAUCACUUAUUGAAGACCAAUGCCCUCUUACCCUUUUACGGAAAGAAAAUUAGCUUUAUUUUGUACUCAACUCUUCCGAGAGAGAUUAUAUUGUUCCCCUGUGUAUGCAUUCUACAUUUUCACUGCAUUUAGUAGUUGACAUGCUGUGGCUGAGCACAGCAAGUAGCAUUGUACUAUAAAUCUCUUGUCCUGUUAACACAGUAGCAUGAGCAGUCUAUUGUUACUCCUCUAUCCAGAUUUUCUUUUUCUUUUUUGCCCUGGGAAAGGAACCAUCACUUAACAUUGUCUGUGCUGAGACUUGAAAACAAAAGAACAAAGUAUAAAAUUCCGGUGUAUAAUAUAGCUAUUGUUUUAAAGAAAUGCAUGAAAGCCGUUGUUCAGUGCAAAUCUUACUUGUACCAGGGAAUGUUUCUUCUAAAGGUGUCAUUGAAGAUCAUUUCCUCAGUUAUAUAAACCACUCUAAGCCUCGUUAUUGACUCACCUGGAGGUGAACAUAGCUGGCUUCAUCUUCAUGCGGUGUGUAUGCACCUCAGGCUUCUUGUGAUGGACUUUCAAAACGAACCUUCAUUGAGCGAUGCACACAGAAGUGCAGCCUCAGUAUCACGAACAAUCCUCAUGCCUUAAUAUCCUCACCAUUUCUUUUCCAGUCUGGUCUGACAAUUAAGAAGCUUUAUGUGGAUGGACAGAAUGAUUGAAGACAUUAUCUGUCACCAGGCAGCAUUAUUUGCUUUUGCACAAUAGCUUUCAUACACAUUCAUUCACAUUUCUAUAAAAUUGCUGUAAAGUAACAUCAAUACAAGAUGCAGGUGUAUGUGUGUGACCUCACCUAGUUCUUCUUUUCAUAAUAGUAGCACGGUAAUAAUGUAUUACGAUACAUUAUGUAUUGCAAUAGUGCACUGUUGGUGGUUUUUUUCCCUCUAAACAUUCGCAAUUUUGUUAAUGAACAUGAAUUCUGUAAGCACUUGAACAAAAGUGAGCUUUGUGGUAUUAAAUCCCAGUACAAGCUGGCCAUUAACUCUCUUAAGGGCUUACCGGUGUUUCAGAAGGUGUGUCUGUGACAUUUUUGUCACUUUGACAAUCUGUAUGGCUAAAGUUUACCCAACACUUUAAAAAAAAUUUUUUAUUAUUAUUAUUUUUUAAACCAUAAUUUCAUCACUCAAAAACAUUUCUGGAAAAACCUAUUAAAUAUCCUAACUGCUAUGUAUGAAUAAUACUCUUACCGCUUCUUUGUGGUUUCUAUUGUAGUGUCGCGUAUGGAUGUACUCUUUGUGGGUUGUUGAAAUGAAAACUCCUAGUGAGUUUCCGUCAUUCAACCCUGUCUGAAACAUAUGCAAAAUCUCAAACAGGAUUAUAGGUCUGCUUCAAUUGAGUGUCCGAUCCAUUCAUUUCUAUGUGAGGGGGGGACAAAAAGAAAUAUCUGUAACAAAUUGCCAAAUAAAACACUUUAAAUUAAA